CUUCAUAAACCACCCCCCACGAUCAAUUGAUUCGACGGCGCAUGGCCAUAUCGAAAGGCCAUAAGUAACCAUGGCUCCUCCGAGAACUGCCAGUGAGCCCUCGGACUCCUACAAUCAAGAGCGGCAAGAUUUUCUUGCGAAACUACAGGUCUUUCAUGAGAAGAGAGGCACCAACUUCGACCCCGAUCCAAGAGUCGGCAGCAAACAUAUUGAUCUCUAUUACCUUUACAGGACCGUUUUAGAUCGCGGAGGUUAUGACAGAGUCAGCGAUGAGAAGCUGGCCUGGAGAAAGUUGGGUCAAGAUUUCAACUUGGGAGCCAACAACCUGCCAGCUCUCGCUUUCGCGCUGAAGACAGUUUACUACAAGCAACUUGCGGCAUAUGAGAUUGCUACAGUUCACGGCAAGGAGCCACCGCCAAAAGAGAUCCUCGAAGAUACUACAGCAAAGGGCGGGUCUUUACUCACUCGGACGCUUGAGAACUUCAGACCCUCGACGAGAAGAGAGACCGGCGCAUUAGGAAACGAGAACUCAGAAGCAUCUGGUGAUGAUGGCACACCUGUUAGGGAUAGAAAUGAAAGCGAAGAGACACCUGGAUCAGGCGGCAGAGUUACAAGAGGAUUGCGACAAGCUCCCCCGCAGCGAGUCUUGUUUCAGCCAGACACCCAGUCUUCCCGCCAGAGCAGCAGGCACGCCUCUGCGACUUCUCACCCACCCUCGUCCCAGCAACAGCAUCAUCAACAAGGGCCUCGAGGUGCUUCUACUUUCUACAAUCCGGCAUCAAACUCAGAAAAUGCAUCGGCUACUGUCGCAAAUUUCGAGCCUCGACCUCAAGUGCCUCUUACCCUACGCCCCGUUAUAACUCCUGGUAAUAAUCCGAAGGGCUGGUCGCGUAUUGAACAAGCUAGAAAGAUGGCGGAUGGCUCUGGAGGUGGAGGUGGAAGCCUCACUGCAGGCCGAUUGAUACUUCCAGGAUCUGGAUUUGAUGGCCCAAAUAUCUACGUCCGUUGCUUAUGUGCUCUAAAGUCCGGCAUUCGAGCUGAGCAAGAUUAUGCGCUGCAUCACCUGGUCAAGAUUUCAAUGGAACGAGGAGAUAAAUACCGAUUCGAGUCCUUUCCUGGCCUGGCAGAAGCUCUCAUUGAAAGACUUCUAGAGGUCGGCUCGCUCUUCUAUGAGGUCAACUGGCAGGUCUCAUAUAUGGAAGAUGGUUCAAUGCCGAACAUAUCUACCCUCAAUGGCUUGUACGGUACCAAGGAUAUCUUACAGAGAAUUGCCAGACUUCCCAGAUUGGACGUUGAUGACAACAUACACACAGAAGAGUUUAGCAGAACUCUUGAACUGAUCAACGAGGCUGCACUGACUAUGCGCAAUAUGGUGCUGUUGGAGGAGAAUGCUCUCUAUGUUUCGGAGCUGUAUCCUUUGCGGGAUUUUCUCAGCAUUGCUCUGAAUCUCCCCAACCUUGACUGCGUUGUGGAAUUAAAGCAUCACGCACUCGACAUUGCUGAACAGCUCACAAAGUACAUGUCUUUUGAUGAGACUGAUCCAUUAUACAUUUCGCUCCUCGCGCAGUUGCAGUCGUCAGACCGUGGUGCUAUCCUGACUUCUUUAAGGGCCAUCAGCAGGAUAUCCAUGAACCUAGAGGAGAACAAUCUUCUCACGGGUGUCCCUGUUUCAGCGGUGCAAAACAUCAUGGAUUGGCUUUUGCUCAACGACGAGGAUUUAGUUUCUGCUUGUCUGGAUUUCCUUUACCAGUAUACUGCAGUUGUGCAUAAUGUUGACUUCAUGAUCACCAACCUACAAGUCGAGCCUCUCAUUAACCAGCUUAUCAGACUCUUGGGAUACGGGGCUCGGAUGAUUGAGGCUGAACAAGUGCUCGGGCAUCCAUACAAGAAGCCUGCUCCUGAUGAUAUUGCUCCGCUUCCACAAGAACUGCAAGCUCAACUUGAGAAAUUGGAUGAACCAGAGAGGAGCUCGCAUUGGCUUCGUUGUCUUUUCGAGGAGGACCGUGAUGAGUCUAUCACUCAAAUUGCCAUGUGGCAAGCCUAUCAGGCUCGAUUUACACCCAUGGCCUUACAAACAGGUCGUCCUCUACUGCCAGCUGCUGAAUUCAUCAAGAACGUCAGCUCUACUUUUGCCGAGAAGGCCUCCGCACAGGUUCAAUCAGGUCCGGUGCAGAAAUUCAUCAUCAAAGGCAUCAGAAGACGAAGCGUUCCAGUCGAUUUCAGGGGCGAAGAAUUCCACAAAUGUUUGUGGAAGACGUAUGGUUCGACACCAUGUGGCGAGUUUUUCAUGGAUCCAGUGAAGAUGCAGCAGCACAUCCUCAGAAAUCACCUUGGUGCUACACAAUUAGAGAAUGGCCAAUUCCGCAAUACUGUAGGUCAGUACGUGUGUCAUUGGGAUGGCUGUCGCAGAUUCCACGAUGCCCCUGCCCAAAAGCUGGCACAACUCGAUCAUCAUAUCAAGGUCCAUCUCCCACCCCCUCCAACUCUGGCUGCAAAGCACCAAACGGAGAAGCCGAAACCCUCGUACAUGGUCCCUGCUCCCAAGAAGUAUCUCCAAUUCCAAGUUACCAUGACCGAUGACCGUAAUGAUGCUGCUGGCAUUCCCCUCAGCGCUGUUCUAGUGUUGAGGAAUUUGGCACGCAACUUAUCGAAGACGGAGACUGAGGAGAAUGCUUCGAAGCAAGGAGAUGUUUCCUGGGUCGAUAGAUUGUUCAAGCCUGUCGAGCCUCGGCUGUUCGAGGUAAUGUCACAUAAUAGAAGCUUGCUUGUAUAUAUUGUGGACUUGCUCAGCGCCAUCCGGGACUCCUAAAGAUGGAUUUGACACAUGCAUGCGAUUUGCGUCCCUUGGGUUUUUACUGGAGUCGAAGGAAAAUGGUAUUAUGAAGGCGGACGGGUAUUGGCGCAUUUGGCGCAUAAUUGUACGAUAGAUACCAUACCACUGUCGAG